CGAGACUGCGACUCUUAGAAAACGUUACAGAAAGCGACAAUCCGAUUUCCUCAGUCAGCUUUGUUCCGACCACAUCCCCGUAUCUUUCAUACGAAACCUUCUCGUGGUAAUAAUAAUGUCUACGGCGAGUUUGUAUCGGAGGUUCCUUCCCUCUCCACCGGCGAUAGAUUUCGCUUCUGUUGAAGGCAAGAAAAUCUUCAAUGAAGCGCUUCAGAAAGGAACCAUGGAAGGCUUCUUCAGGCUGAUUUCUUAUUUUCAGACGCAGUCAGAGCCUGCUUACUGUGGAUUAGCUAGUCUUUCCAUGGUUUUGAAUUCUCUUUCUAUUGACCCCGGGAGAAAAUGGAAAGGACCUUGGAGGUGGUUUGAUGAAUCAAUGCUGGAAUGUUGCGAGCCUCUUGAGAUAGUGAAGGAUAAGGGGAUUACUUUUGGAAAAGUUGUUUGUUUGGCUCAUAGUUCAGGUGCUAAAGUCCAAGCUUUCCGCACUACUCAGAGCACUAUUGAUGAUUUUCGCAAGUAUGUGUUGAGAUGUUCCACUUCUGAUAAUUGUCAUAUGAUCUCAACGUAUCAUAGAGGAGUUUUCAAGCAGACUGGAACCGGCCAUUUUUCACCUAUUGGUGGUUAUAAUGCUGAAAGAGAUAUGGCUCUGAUUCUUGAUGUUGCUCGUUUCAAGUAUCCUCCUCACUGGAUUCCUCUUAAACUUCUUUGGGAUGCCAUGAACAGUAUUGAUGACUCAACAGGGAGACAUAGAGGGUUCAUGCUUAUAUCUAGACCCCACAGAGAACCAGGAUUACUCUACACUCUGAGUUGUAAGGAUGAGAGCUGGACCAGCAUAGCAAAGUAUUUGAAGGAAGAUGUUCCUCUUCUUGUAAGCUCGCAACAUGUUGAUACCAUUGAAAAAAUUUUAGAUGUUGUAUUCAAGUCACUUCCGUCAGAUUUCAACCAAUUUAUCAGAUGGAUGGCUGAGAUUCGAAGAACAGAGGAUAUAAACCAAAAUCUCAGCUCAGAAGAGGAAUCAAGGCUCGACCUAAAGCAAGAGUUGCUGAAACAAGUGCAGGAGACUGAACUGUUCAUGCACGUGGAUAAGUUUCUAUUCUCUGUGGGCUACGAAGACAAUCAGCCAUAUGUUCCUGCCAAGGCUGGUUCUCAAGGAUUCAAAAACUUAUCUGAACUGGAAUCAGAUGAGUCGUGUUGUUCGAAAACCUGUGUGAAAUGCAUCAAAGGUGUUGGUGAGGAGAAAGUGAAGGGUGUAGCUUACCCAUCGGGAAAUGAUGUGUUCACUGCUCUUCUAUUGGCUUUACCUCCACAGACAUGGUCAGGUAUCAAAGACCAAUCACUUUUGCAAGAGAUGAAACAGCUCAUUUCCAUGGUUAGCUUCCCAACUCUGCUUCAACAAGAGGUGUUGCAUCUACGACGCCAGCUUCAGCUGCUAAAACGGUGCCAAGAGAAUAAAGAAGACGAAGAUCUCUCUGCUCCUGCCUUAAUAUAAAACAACACUAAUUACUCUCAUUUUUUUCUCAACGACCAACGAAACCUUAAGGAACCGUUGAAUAUCUAAUUUAUCACUUAUGUGUCCGCACAAUAUUAUCCUCCUUACGGUCUCAUGCGAGAUUUGUUUGAAUCAUGUAAAGGCUAUGUCCUAACUAUAUUAUAUAUCACCAUCACAUUUCUACGGUC